AACAAGGCUUCUUCCACUCGCACUCGAGGCCUCCUCGAGCACGAGAUCGCGUGACUUGCCGCUCGCGUCCAUACUUGCCAGUAAAAUCCACCGGAAUCUGGAUCGGGGUAUAACUGCCGAAUUCAAUGGAAGCUUCCGAGAGUAACAGCUGAUCCCUUCCACGUCGGUCAGCGCAGCGGCGACCAACCCGCCCGCCCGUCGCUGCACGCGCGCCGCCGGGUUCGCCGCCGCAGAGGCAGCCGGCACGCCGCACGCCCGGGAGCGGGCCGGUUUGGAUGUGGCUGGAGGAGGUGAGGGGGAGGGAGCGCGGGGAGCUGCGCGCCCGGCGGUUCGAGGCCGCCGCCCGGGCGCGCCGCGCGGCCUCGCUCGCGCUCUCCAACCGCAAGGAGUUCGCCACCCCGCACCACGGCGCCGUCAACUCGCUCCAGGUUGAUUUGACAGAGGGGAGGUACCUGCUCUCCGGGGCAUCGGAUGGGUCGGCCGCUGUAUUCGAUGUGUGGAACGCGACCGAGUACGAAACCGGCUUCAUAGCGAAGCACAGGCACAUACUGCUUGUGGACAAGCAGCACCAGAAUGGCCACAAGUUCGCCAUCUCGGCGGCCGUUUGGUAUCCUGUGGAUACCGGGCUGUUCGUCACAGCAUCCUUUGAUCAGUACGUCAAAGUUUGGGAUACCAAUUCGACUCAAGUCGUCAUGGAUUUUAAGAUGCCUGGUAAAGUGUUCACUGCAGCCAUGUCUCCAGUUGCAACAACCCACAUGCUUAUCGCUACUGGGAGUGCAGAUGUUCAGGUCCGUCUGUGUGACAUAGCUUCUGGAGCCUUUACCCACACAUUGUCCGGUCAUCGUGAUGGUAUCAUGUCUUUGGAGUGGUCUGCCUCAAGUGAGUGGGUUUUGACGAGUGGUGGCUGCGACGGGGCAAUCCGUUUCUGGGACAUCAGGAGAGCUGGAUGCUUUCGUGUUCUUGAUCAAUCACAGUCUCAGCUUGGAAGGAGGUCUCCUCUUCUUAAAAGCACAACAGAGAAUGAUCACAUUGAUUCAGUAGGACCUUCAACUUCCACAAGGAGCUUAGCUCAGAAAAGGACUGGAAAUUCUAAGAACUCAUCAACAAUGCGCAGAGGUCAAAAUCUGAUACAUGGACAUAUGCAACAGAGAUUGCAUCCUGGUUUAUCAUCCAGUCAAAACCGUGCAACAUCUCAUUAUGGUGCUGUUACUGGAUUACGAACAACUAAAGAUGGGAUGUACCUUCUUAGUUCAGGAUCUGAUUCUCGUUUAAGACUAUGGGACAUCGAUUCAGGUUGCAACACUUUGGUCAAUUUUGAAGCUAUGCGAUUGCAGACUGGCAAGCCAUUGCAAUUAGCAGUCACCGAGGAUCCCUCACUUGUAUUUGUUCCAUGCAUGGCAAGCAUUAAGGCAUACAAUUUAUGGUCUGGUACGACAUUUCGGACAUUCCGGGGUCACUACGAGCUUGUGAAUUGCUGCUACUAUAGUGAACAGGACCAAGAACUUUAUACUGGCAGCAAUGAUAGACAAAUUCUUGUAUGGUCUCCAUCAACUCCAGCUUUGACUGAAAUGGUAUAUCAUCUGUCACUCCGUGCCCAGCAAGCCCUUUUUGUUGGGUUUGUCUGGCAAGCUCUACUCUCUCGCGGUUUUGAGGAGAAUAUGGCUUAAGCUAUCUUAGACGAAUUCCUUUGUUCACACUACUGAAACUGUACAGGAAGAUGAUGAGAAGCGGCAUGGGCUUUCAGCAGCUGAUGAGGAUAACUGGAGCGACUAAGGAGGCCUGUACCUUUCCCCCCUUAAAACGGAAGGACUGUAUUGGUGUAUACUAACACUGAUGUGAGGGAUGCUAACAAGUCUGAGGUUGUUAGCUCUUGUUAGCAGCCGGAAAAGGUUGAACAUUUGACAGUUCGUUGGAUUAUUGGUAGAUUUUAUCUCAAAAAGGGAUAAAGGGACGUCUCGGGUUCACAUUUUAUUCUGCA